GUACCUGUUGACAGUAUGAAGGACAUCAAUCCAACUAGCUUUAGAGAAAGCACAGAAGAAACUUUGCAGCUUAAACAUGAAGGCAUCCGUGUGUGUUCUGUUCGCAGUGGCGUGUUGGUUCGUUUCCAAGGCAGAGCAGUCGCCGACGCAACUCACGCUCAAAAAAGUCAUGAAGGAACUCGAGAAGAUUAAUAAAGUAAUGGACAAAAACGCGAGUUUGCUCUACUCACCCACCACCAACGAUUUGAAGGACUGCUGCAUUAGAUCUGCUCUGGAGUGUUUUAGGUCCCAAGUGAUGAACCUGAAGUUCACUGAAGACAAACCUAUAAAGUCACUGAAGAGCAUCUCCAAUGAGUCACGAAAAAAACUCAUUGUGGAUAAUUUGCCCAUUUGCAAGACGGUAGAAGGCGAGGAAACGGAAGCUCAGUGCAAAUCCUGUGAAUCGUACAGCCAGGUUAACAGCCAAAUGUUCGUGCAGAACUUUCAAACUCUUCUUCAAAAGAUCUAUGCCAGUCAAGCAUAGAGACGAGAAGAGUGAAGAGACUAUAUGACACUACCCACCUACCCGCGGCAGAGAAGAGUCUGCUCCUGCUAAUCUAUUUAUUGAUUAUUUAUUGAACAUUUUCUUGUUUGUUUGAACUGGGAGAUCUGUUAAAGGAUUGCUCGUGUCAUUAAUGUGUUUUUUUUAGGAACAGGGUGGCAAAUGUUUUGAAAUUUCACUGUUUUAGGAUGUAAAAUGUAUCAUCUUUGUUUUACCGUCAUCUUGUGGUGAGAUCUCAGCACUGCUGCCUUCAUGACGGCCCUGUUCCUUGAAAGAACCCAAAGGGUGGUUUCCCUGAUGAAGAUUGAGCCUUAUGCAAUAAUACAAGUGCUUUUGAGUAGAUCUUUAUCAAGUAUUCUAGGAAUUUUAUUCUUAGUCUUUGUCAGGAAAACCACUCCUAUAGAUAAUAUGUUACCAACAUAUAUUUAAAAAGCAGAUACACAUUUAUUAUUCUAUGUCUCACAGUGAGAUGCAUGUAUUUUGGAUGAUAUUUAUUGACAUUAAAAUAUUUCUUAAUGUUUA